AUGGCUGACCAGGUUGCGGAACAUGCUGACCUCCUGCGGUCGGAAAAGCUGCAGCGGCAGCGUCUGGCCUGGGAUAAGUAUGAGAGCAGCAUGAGGGAGAACAGGCAGAUUCUGCACACUGUCUUCAUCGUGAAGAAAGUGCGUUUCCAGCCCACUCACCAGGUACGAGCUGCAGCUGGUUGCCCAUGUCGUCGUGAAUGUUGUUGUCGCCUCCGCCCCUCUCAGCAGCCAUCGCCGUCUGUUUACAGUCCAAAGCCCUACGAGUUGCGCCGGAGUUGGAAUCGAGCAGCGGGCAAUAACUUGGUGAAAGACGCAGCGCCAUCUGGUGACCGGAGGUCGGAGUUGUGCUGUAGACGCGAGAGCGUGGAGCGUUUAAAAAGCAGACAGACAAUGGCACUGCCAGUGCAUUUGUGUGUCCUGUUGCUGUGUGCAUCUGUUACUGAGUGUGUGAGUGAUUUUUAUUCGGUAUUAGGAGUUCCUCGUGUCGCUACAGAGAAAGACAUAAAGAAAGCGUUUCGUCAGCUGGCCCUCAAAUUCCACCCUGACAGAAAUCGCAGCCCAGAUGCACAACAGAUCUUCACACAACUUGCACAAGCCUAUGAGGUGUUGUCCGACCAAGAGAGGCGGAGACUCUAUGACCUGACGCACAUGGACCAGUGCCAUGAGAAGGCGAAGGGAAAGCCAGAACCGGGGUGCAGUGUCCGUGAUGACAAAGGUGGUUCCUAUGGUAACAGUGAUUUCCCAUCCUACAGUCUAGAUGACCUGCUUGAGAUGCUGCGGAUGGAAGAUUUAUUCAUGGGAGAAGAUGAUGUAGGUCAAGGGUGGAAUUUUGCUCUGUGGGAUGAGUUUCAGGAGGAGGAGGAGGAUCAGUUCAGCUUUAUGUUUGGAAUUCUGUAAGAGAGUGUUUGGUAUUCAUAUAAAUGUGCAUAAUUGAAGCCUUGAGUUGAUUUAGGAUGUGUUUUUCUAUUGUAUAUUGAUUUUAUUGUUUGAUUAAAGUGGCUCUGACACAGUUAAAA